UCAUUGUCAAAUUCGUCUGUAAUGGAAAUUGGAAAUAAUUAAAGUCGUCCAGUAGAAUCUUAUUUUCUGUUUAUUAAUUAAUAUUUAGGUCGAAGUUUUAUGCGAUUAGGUUUAAUUUAAUAUUAAUUUAUUAACUUAUUGAUAAAAAUGAAUCGAGGCACAAUCAGUCUAUUUAAGCCCCUGACAAUAAUCAGUAGGUCAAAAGGUUAUAAACAUUCAGGUGGAAUUCGUUAUCCUGGAGGUAUUACUUAUUUUCCGAGAGAUCCAAAUUAUGUAGAACCUGAUGUGACACCUUCCAAAUUAUUCAGAGUAGAGCUAAUCAAAAGCACAAAGCACUAUCCUUAUUGGCAAAAGGAUAUCCUGGAGAGUUUAAAACUCAAUAGCAUUAACCAAGUUGCAAUUGUUAAAAAUGUACCUGAAAUGAAUGCAAUUUUAUGGAAAGUAAAACAUCUUAUUAAAAUCACCCCUAUUACAUUUCCAUAUGGAGAGCCAACAGAAGAAGAUAUUGAACAUACAGUUUUAAAAGAAAAUGGAGAAUGCAUUGUCACUAAGACACUCAAACCAGAUGAAAGCAAAGUAAAAGCACUCGAACAAUUUGAGAAAAAUCCAAAGAAAAUGGACUCUACUACAAUUAAGAGAGAUUCUAGACUCAAAUGGAAUAAUGCAUACUCGGGCGGUUACUAAAAUUUAUUUUUAUUGUAUGAUUGUAAAUAAAUAGAUAUGUAGAUUA